AUGUCCGCAAAUGUCCUCUUCCCGGGCAGCAAGCGGCUGCUGGAGUUGGAGGAGGAAAACCGUCGCCUACGCAAAGCUGCUCCGCAUCCGCAGGCAGGCAGACGUCCCAGGAAGUUCGGAGUUAACCACUGGGGUCAGCAGAACUCCUGCAAGCGCAACCACAGGAAGCUUGCCACAAAGCAGUACGCCGGACGCCAAUCUCUUGCUCUUCGGAAACAAAAAGACCGAGAUCGACGUCUCAAGACUGAAGCGCUUCCUACGAACUCUGCUUUGGAGAUAGCAGCUGUCAAGGAACUCCAGAAACUAGGCUUUCUGAAGGAACUUUCGGUCAGCUUUCAGCCACUGCUCGUGGACAGGCAGGACAGCUCUACAGCGACCUGUGUAGCCCAAGUCUUCCUGCGCUGCACGGACGGUGACUGCAGGCAGCGCAUCAACGUCCUGACUUUGCAAAACUGGUUGCCGUGCACGGACAGAAUUGGCUCCAAGACGACUCCCAACAAGCUUCUUCUUCUCUUGCGCGCCUGGGUGGCUACCGGUCUCGGCCGUCCUCCUUCUGCCUACACGUUAGCACGUGCUGCGGGCAUGACGUAUAAGCCGGUCAAAGCGGUUCUGGACAGUCUAGUGUCUCUUGAAUCCAGAGCUGGCCGAGAACGCAACGAGUGCUUGAGACUCAAAGGAGUUGUGGAAGUGGAUGCGACUUCCCUGCGCUUGGUCCGUGUGUAUGCCGGGUCAAAGACUUUCGAGACACCCAUCAAGAAAUGGCUGGCUGCUCAUCCCAGGACUCCGAGGCCUGCGUAUUGGCUGCUACACUUUCGUUUGGUGGGUGCCGUGCAACGCUCUGACAAUCGCAAACUCGUCGUCAGACUGUUAGAACACAAAGUUGCGCCGGCUGGUGGGAAGCCACCAGAGGGGACCCAAGAGAUCAUCAACUCUGGUCUCUUGCGCAGCGUGUCGAAAGGCUCAACUUUGAUGGCCGAUGGUGCAAAGAGCUGGAGCGCAGCCGCAAGGCAAGCCGGCCACCGCGGAGACACGCACCACGUUUGUCACAGCAAAGCACAGUACACAGCGAGCUCUCCCAACGGCGGCAAAACUUUGGGGACGCAGCUCCUCGACCGGUCUUGGGGGUGCUUGAAAACUUGCAUCCCACCAAACUUGUCCUCACGCAAGCACAGCUCAGGGGAGCCGGCUGUGCUGGAAUGCGUUUUCCAAACGCUCUGGCGCAAAAGCGUCGGCGCGGCGAAGCUUCUGGCUGAGCUUGGGGGAUUGGCCAGACAAGCAUGA